UCCACACACUCACAACUCUGUGUGAAAAAGUUUUUCCUCAUCUCUGUUCUAAAUGGCUUACCACUUAUUCUUAAACUAUGGCCCCUGGUUCUGGACUUGUAAACCUUGUCAAUCAUCUCCCCAAAAUCACAGGCCUGCACCAGUCACUUUCUCAGUCCCCGGCUGGUCUGGUUUCAUAGUCAACCCACACAUCGUGUCCACUCCUGAAUUCUCAAUCGUUUAAUGUUUCUGCUCUGUGAGCCGACCCUCUCGCUGACCUGUCUCACGCACCCCACCCAUUGCUCAUUAUCCCUCCCUGUACCAACUACCCCAUCUAUCCCCACAGUGUGGCCACAAUCCACUCAUUCCAGCCUCACCAUGGCAUACCAGCCAUCCAGUCACACUGACCGGGCCUCUUCCAUCCUGCUGCCAGGAGGCCAUGAAAUGCAGCCUUGAAUGUGGAGCAGCAGAAGCAGAGGGGCCUCCAUCAUUAACAAGACAAUGAACAGUGGUCGGGCCCCACAGAGUAAAUACACACAGCUCCUUGCUAUCAUUGAAGAACUGGAGAAGGACAUUCGACCAUCGUACGCUGGGAAUAAAAGUGCAAUGGAGCGUCUAAAAAGAGGAAUAAUGCGUGCACGAGGAUUAGUGCAAGAAUGCCUUGCUGAAACUGAACGAAAUGCAAGAUCACAGUUUUAACAUGGUUUGAGAUUACAUGAACUGCAGGUUUUUCUGCAAGUGCAAUUUUCUUUGACCACCCUUUUGUUUUCAUUUUUGUACUUGAGCCAAACCAUGUAUGAUUUGUUUCAGGGGAAUUCAAAAAAUAUCGACUGAACACAAUUUUACUUCUUUACAACUGACAAUACUCUUGGUAUAACAAAGGCCCAGGUUAUGUAGUUAAGUCAAUUUAUAAAUGGCCUUUUGGAAAUAAUGUGGCUCCUAAUUAUGUUCACUCUUUAGACUGCACACUAGGGACAAUUUACAAUUUUUAUUUUUUUUAACUAAAGCCAAUUAACCUACUAGCCUGUACAUCUUUGCCAUGUUGGAAGAAACCCACACAGUCAUAGAGAGAACGUACAAACUCCGUACAGGCAGCACCCGUAGUCAGGAUGAAACCCAGGUCUCUGGUGUUGUAAUGCAGCAACUCUACUGCUGCACCACGUACUGCCUCUUGCCAGACCAGUGUUAGAGUUGUUUUGUCUAUUGGAUGCAGGAUACAAGAGAAAAAAAAAUAUUUUGCACAUCAGAAGAAACUGGGGGAAUAGAUCAAGGUUUAAUUUCAUUGAUCUAUAGAUUUAAGUUUUGCUAUUGUACAGAAGUUAAACGCUGUCUUUGUAUUUUCUUGCUGAAAUAAAGGUGAUUUUUCAUA